AAAACCCCGGAGCUCCUUUACCUCUCUUUUUCUUCCAUGGAAUCAAUGUCAACUGUGGUUUUCCGUUGGAGUUCCAUUUAUCUCUUGUUCGUCCCUUCUCUCCUAGGACUUCAUCCAAAGGAAAAUUUUCCCAUUUCGGGUUUCAUAAUAUGGGAUUUCUUUGAAGGAACUACAAGGCAGAAGACGUUUUCGGAAGAGAUAGAGCAGAUUAUGACAAAUGGAGUCUUUUCCUGACAUUUAUCCAUUGAAAAGUUUGCAAAUUGGGAAUAUAAAAUCUUAUCUUUCACAGACAUUCCUGUUUUUUACCCCUGUUAGUCAUAAGAUUCUCAUCCUAGUUGACAAUCAAUCAUGGAGGAUGAAGAAGCACUCUAGAUCAACCCAUUUAAGGGAAUUAAUGAGCACCAAGAAUGUCACCUUUUAGAAACAACAGAACGUUAGUCAGGAGUCCAAGUGUAAGACACCGAUUCUCCAGCUAUGAAAAGAAGAAUCUAUGCUGGUGGCUUCCCAUCAUUAGCAUGGCUACUUUGAAGGAAAAUGCUCCAUUCUCCUUAAUGAGUUUGUGUAAAGCCUUGCAUGGCUUUAUUGUCUUCGAAGUUGCAUGGACUGAUGUUCAUGGUAUUAACUAUUUGAAUGUGCUUCAGACAGAUGCAUCCCUUGCUUUAGAAGUGAAAUCUAUGAGGAAAUGGGAAUUCAAUGGUGUUGACCAAGCAUUGAGCUGUAUUUCAUCAUGGUUCUCAGGCACACCCUCUGAAGCACAAACAUUGGGGAUAAAUCUGAUGAUUCUUUAUGACAGAGUUCCUUCUUGCUCUCCACGGGGAAUAACUGUUGGUUCUAAAGAAUUGCUGUUCUGUGAUGCAUCCCAGGCCGAGCUGUUCUCAGAAGAUGUCUUUUUUGAUGUUAGAGAAUGCUCUCUUGACACAGAUGACAAAUCUAUCAUGUGUUGUGGAGUAGUAGAGCCAAUGUAUGCAAAGAGAGCUGAGCCUAUGGAGUACAAGCACACUCUUCUGUUAUUCAGGUUCAAUGAUAGGGAUCUUCCAUUUAAAUUAAAGCAGAUAAUCAUGUCUGAUAUAAAGCUACUUGCUUUGCUUGAACAAGGCCUUCCCUCUUGGGUUAUUUUUCUUCAAUCAUAUCCACUGUUCUGUAAAAUGUAUCGUCACUGGAUGCGCCCAUUGAUGAGAACCCUUUAUGUAUUGAUAUCACUCAUCACUGUAGUUAUUGGGUUCUAUGAUCUCUAUAAGAAUGUGCCCCUUUUGAAAGCAGCUGCAUCACACUUUUGUGGUCCCCUUUUCAAGUGGAUUGAGGCCUGGGAUAUGGUCUCAAGAAUGAGGUAUCUGGGAACAAUCUUGUUCCUUCAGAAUCUUGAGAAAGCUGUCAAGUGGUUUCUAAUGAUACUUCAAUUUGUAAAAUUUCCAAUGCUACUGCUCACAAGACCCCUUAUGCAGCCUCUCAAAGAGAUUAUAGAGCUUCUCACUCUUCUUUGGAGCCUUUUUGCUGAAAAAGUAGAGGAAUUCUACCUUACCGUUUGGGUUAUGGUGGAGCCCUUUUUCUGUUUGAUUCUAGAUUUUGUUGAGAUUCUAUUCACACCGUUUGCGCUUCUCUAUUCAUAUAUAUUGAGCUUAGUCACAUUGAUUUCUCCUCUCUUCAGUAACAUUUGGGAACUUUUCCUCGUAUCAAUCCGAGGCUGUCUUCUGUUGGCAAAUUCUGCAGCUUCUCUGUUCUCUGGUUUCUAUCAGAUGCUUAAAGGAGUUUUUACAGUUUCUACAACUAGCAUGAAUCAACUGACAUAUCUUGAUCAGGUAACGCCUGAGUCAUCAGCGAUCUCGCAUUGGCAUUCCCUUUGGAAUGAUCUCAACUCAAAGGUCUUCCGGUCACUUCGAAAUGUUAUAAAUGGUCUUGUUGCAUUCAUUUCAUCCUGCAGCCCCCAUAGAUUUAGCAUCUACAGCCUCGUUAGAGACAUCUUUUGGCAGCUUUGUCAUGUUCUUCAGUUAGCCCCUCGUAGAUAUAUUUCUUAUCAACAACAAGAACCUCAAGCAGUUGAGCCAAAGAAACAAGAACUUGAAGCAGAAAGGCACUAUAAGGUUGAAAUCAAGCAUUGCAAACAAGACUAGUGUAUGCAACCCCUUUUCUCGAGUUUCAUGUUCUUUGAAAAAACCAACAAAACUGGGUUUUCUGGAUUCCAAUUGAUAUUUUUCUGGUUCCCCUUGAUUUCUUGGGGAAGUAAUUAUAUUUACACGGGAAUUUAUUUGGACAGGGCAUGGUGUCUAGGAGGUCUGGUGAUUAGAAUUUCUGGGGGAAAAUGUAAUUGUUCAAUGUUCAAAUUUUUUUUUGUUCGUUAGGAGUCACGGGAAAUGUAUCAUUUGAGUUAAACCCAUGUAAAAAAUUUGUUGUAAACUUUUGGGAUUGAAUUUACUGGAAAAUAAAUGUCGUCUUGUAAA